AUGUUGUUCAGGCGACACUUGGGGCGCGAUCGCGCCACCGAGUCCGAUGAAAACUCCUCCACUCCACCAAACGGAACCGUGGCGUAUGAUGGCGACUUCAAGUACGUUGGAGAGGUCGGCGGUAAUGAUGCGCCAGAGAUGUUCCAAGAGGCAGGUGGUGCCCCUGUAGAAAGUCACUCGCCACUUGGCUACAAUGUCGGACCUAUCACCAUCUUGUUUUUGAACAUCAGCAUGAUGAUUGGAACUGGAAUCUAUUCGACACCAUCUUCUAUCCUCAAAGGCACCGGCUCCGUCGGCCUUAGCAUGAUCUAUUGGGUAUUGGGAGGCAUCAUCUCGCUCUGUAGUGGUGCUGUCUACCUGGAAUUUUCGGCGUAUUUUCCAAGUCGAUCGGGUGCUGAAGUCGUGAAUCUGGAGCAGGCCUAUCCCUCGCCGCGCUUCCUUUUCCCGACGGCAUUUGCCAUGCAAAAUGUGAUUCUCUCUUUUCGAAGCAGUAAUUGUAUCGUGCUUGCAAACUACCUCUUCGCCACGGCUGGUCGUACAGGCACAGAUUGGCAGAUCAAGGGUGUAGCUAUUGUCGCCUACACUGUUGCUGUCAUUGCCGCCAUCCUUCAUACAAAGGGUGCAUAUUACCUAUCAAAUGGAAUCGGCGCCAUCAAGCUCCUCACGCUGGUGUUUAUUGCGAUCACUGGCUGGGUAGUCCUGGCUGGCCACACCUCGGUCGAGAAUCCAAAGGCACAUUUUCAAAAUGCAUUUGAAGGGACCGCGACACCUUAUGGGGUGACCAAUGCACUUUAUCGAAUUAUCUUCUCCUACGCUGGCUAUAACAAUGCAUUCAAUGUUGUGAACGAGAUCAAGAAUCCCGUGAAACAAAUCAAGAGAAAUGGCACUAUUUCUAUCUUGACUGUCAUGGCUCUCUACAUUUUUGCGAACAUAGCAUAUUUCGCCGCCGUGAAAAAGGAAGACUUGGAAAAUUCAGGCACCAUUGCAGCGACACUGUUCUUUUCGUCCGUCUUUGGAUCCAGUAAAUCUUCCCGGGGACUCAACUUUUUGAUCGCGCUCAGCUCCUUCGGUAACCUGAUUGCCGUACUGAUCGGUGCCGGGCGCCAGUUGCGAGAAUGCGGAAGGCAAGGAGUCUUACCAUGGACUCGUUACUGGGUUUCGACUUGGCCCUUUGGUACACCUGCUGGCCCGUACCUCUUUGAUUGGGCCAUAACAGUCCUGGUCAUUUUGGCCGUUCCUACUGGUGAUGCUUUUAAUUUCGUCAGCGACCUUGCAGUGUUUCCCAGUUCCUUUUUCAGCCUUGCCAUGGCUAUUGGACUCUAUGUUGUUCGUUGGCGUCGCAAGAAGGCAAACCUUCCCGAGCCUGCCUUCAAAGCGUGGCAUCCCGUGGUCAUUUUCAAUAUCCUGGUCCAGCUCUACCUGAUUGUGAUGCCCUGGUAUCCUCCCGCUGCUGGCAAGGGCGAUGUCUCGUUCUGGUACGGCACAUAUGUCGUUACGGGCAUUGGUAUUGUACUCACUUGCAUCGCUUACUACGUACUCUGGGUCAAGCUGCUUCCCAAAUGGCGAGGGUAUGAACUGCGUCAAGAGGUUUUGCAACUGGAAAGUGGCGCCCAGGGUCAUCAGCUGGUCAAAGUGCCCAUUGAGCAAGUUGCCGAGUGGGAUGCGACGCACGAUGCCAUCGGGCGCCCAAUCGGUGCCGUGAGCUCCAACGAUGCCCGCACCGAGGUCCAGUUUUCUAGCCUCGCCGCAGAAAAGGCCUGA